UAAUCUUAUUAGACUUGUCUAUCCCGUUUUUCGCUGUUUGAGUUUGGGUUUUUAUUCCUCCAGUGCUUCUAGUGAUAAAAAAGCGCUUUUACUGCAGCAUCACAGUAGUAACAGACUAGCAGUAUAUUUGUACUGAAUAUCUGGAACUAUAUUUUAGUUACUACAAUACGUAUUAUUACGUACGUAAUUUGUUAUUUGGUUACUUUCGGUGGUUCAUCUUUCGUGGCUCCGUAGAUAUCCUUCGAGGUGUGCUAGCGAUGGUUGAUUUUUGAGACCUGCUGGAUAAGGAUUCAUUUUUAUCAAGGAUUAUCGGCCCUAGCAAAAGGAAACUAUAAUUAAAUCAUGGAUAGUCAGGGAGCUGGUGGACAAGCUCUUACGAAACGUAUCAUAAAGGAAACACAGAGACUUCUUCAGGAGCCUGUUGCUGGCAUUUCGGCAGUGCCUGAUGAGAAUAACGCACGGUAUUUCCAUGUUGUCGUCGCGGGACCAGAAGGGUCGCCCUUUGAAGGCGGAGUAUUCAAGCUGGAACUGUUCCUACCGGAGGAGUAUCCCAUGUCGGCCCCGAAAGUGCGCUUUAUGACCAAAAUCUAUCAUCCAAAUAUUGAUCGUCUUGGACGAAUUUGUUUAGACAUUCUGAAAGAUAAGUGGAGUCCCGCGCUGCAAAUUCGCACAGUUCUUUUAUCCAUUCAAGCGCUACUUAGCGCACCAAAUCCAGACGAUCCCUUGGAUAAUCAGGUGGCUGAGCAGUGGAAAGUCAAUGAGCCUCUGGCUAUUGCAACAGCAAGAGAAUGGACCAAGACGUAUGCAAUGGCAGAUAAAUAGGCUUCUCUUGAAACAUUCGGCGGUACGUACAUAUUUGGUGUCAGUGGAUAGGACUGGAAGAAUGCUGGUUUUACUCCUGGGUGUAGAAGAAAUCGGGAUAUUUGCAGAAAGUUUGGCUGUUCAUCUUUCAUGGUUCUUGCUAAUAUGAUUAAUUAAUUGCGAGAAAAUAAUUUGGUUUUAUUGUUCGCUUCUCACUUUUCCUGUCACGAUUUCUUUCAGCCCAUGCACUUUAGCAAAUGCCUGCAGAUAUUGAUUUAGGCGUUUUGAUAAUUUUUAUUUUGCCUACUUGGCGAAGAUUAUGAAGUUUGGUAUCAGUUUAACUAUGUUGAUGUAUUCUUGUAAUUAUAAUUAAAUUCAGACGGUAGUUUGACAAA